UUAAACGGACAAUUCAUCGGCUUUACAGCGAACAUUAAACACCGGCAGAGAAAGCGCUUCUUUGUUGUUGACUCAAGAGAAACAGCGAGAGAGGGAGAGGCAGAGGGGGCAGACUACUUUCUGUGAAGUUGAAGCCAGUGAGCUGCCAGAGGAAGAGCAGCCAACGACCUGUAUGUUGGAUUUGUCUAACGAGGGGGAAACCACGGGUUCGUGCAUGGCCAAACGCGCAUGACUUAAAAGAAAAAAAAGUUGAAGUUCGGCGUCGUGGCAGUCGGUAAAUGUUGUGACAUUUCAGUCGAGCAUAAAUUGCUCCAGCGGUCGACGGUCGGCCGAGUGGCGGGGUAAAACCCGAGCUGUCAAACCCGAUGACGACUGCAAACUGCCCCGGGAAUGAGGAGCUGGACUUCAGACUGAUUUUCGGAGAGGACGGGCAGCAGCAGCCGCUAGGCCCCGCAGAUCUGGAGCCUGAUGACAACACGUCGUUCUACAUCCUAAAUGUGGGCCAGCCCCAGUCUAUGGUCACCAACCACCAGUCUAUAGGCCUGCCUCGUCAUGGCAUGCAGUCCCACUCCCAUGUCAUCAGCACUUCCCCACGCCUUCACUCACACAAACCAGGAUCUGAGCCUCCGAGCUAUGAGGCACAAGACUCCAAGUAUGGCACCUCCCCCCUGCUGCCCUCUGCUCCUGUGGAGGCACCAAAGGCCUUUGAGUGCCCCAGUAUCCAGAUCACCUCCAUCUCCCCCAGCUGCCAGCAGGAGAUGGAUGCCAAUGAGGAGGGUCUGAGAGCCAAUGGCCCUGAUAGGGACUACCACGGGGAGAGGCCCCUAUCCAGAGAUCACCUGUAUUUGCCCCUGGACCACUCUUAUCGGGACUCUUCGCUCAGCCCUAGUCCAUGCAGCAGCCUCUCCUCUAGGAGCUGGUUCUCUGAUGCCUCUUCCUGUGAAUCAUUCUCACACGUCUAUGACGAUGUUGACUCAGAGCUAAAUGAAGCGGCUGCCCGGUUCACACUGGGCUCCCCGCUUACUUCCCCAGGCUGUGCCUCCCCUCAAACCAGUGGUGUUGUUUUGGAGGAGCAGCCCAACUGGCAGCACCACCACCCUGCAUUUGUGCAACACUCCCACUCCAUCAGCCUGUCACCCCGACAGUCCCCCUGUCACUCGCCACGCACCAGUGUCACUGAUGAAAACUGGCUUAGCCCGCGGCCACCUUCCCGGCCUUCCUCGCGUCCCACCUCGCCCUGUGGGAAGAGGCGCCACUCUAGCGCCGACAUCUGCUACCCCGGCUCAUUGUCUCCUCAUCACUCACCCACACCCACGCCAGGACCUUCACCUAGGGGCAGCGUAACAGAGGACACCUGGGUUGGCAGUCCCUCUGUAGGCAUGUCACCCUUCCAGUGCUGCCCAUCUGAGGCAGACAUCCCAUCCAAGACAAGGAAGACCUCACAGGACAGAACGGCUAUGCAGACUGGGAAAGGGGAGCUGGGUCUAGAUGACCAAGGGAAUAUGUCUCCUAAUCUAGACUCUCCUUCAGACGAGGCCCUGCACAGCCUGAAGAAGGAUGGGCCUGGGGAACAGUUCCUCUCUGUGCCCUCUCACUUCUCAUGGAAUAAACCCAAACCCGGUCAUACACCUAUAUUCAGAACCUCCUCACUGCCUCCUCUAGACUGGCCACUGCCAAGCCAGUUUGGCCAGUAUGACCUGAAGAUAGAGGUGCAACCCAAAGCCCACCACAGAGCGCACUAUGAGACCGAGGGCAGCCGAGGAGCCAUCAAAGCAGCGUCCGGUGGCCACCCAAUUGUCAAGCUCAUUGGCUACAGUGAGAAACCCAUCAACCUGCAGAUGUUCAUUGGAACAGCAGAUGACCGUUACUUAAGGCCGCACGCCUUCUACCAGGUGCAUCGGAUCACCGGGAAAACCGUAGCCACUGCCAGCCAAGAAAUUAUAGUCUCCAGCACCAAAGUUCUCGAAAUUCCUCUCCUGCCUGAAAACAACAUGUCAGCCAGUAUCGACUGUGCUGGCAUCCUUAAGCUGCGGAACUCAGACAUUGAGCUGCGGAAGGGGGAGACGGAUAUAGGACGAAAGAACACACGGGUCCGCGUGGUGUUCCGAGUGCACAUCCCUCAACCCAACGGGAAGGUGCUGUCGCUGCAGGCCGCCUCUAUUCCUGUGGAGUGCUCCCAGCGUUCGGCUCAAGAGCUGCCCCAGGUUGAGAAAUCCAGCCUGACCAGCUGUCUGGUCAGCGGGGGAGAAGAGAUGGUCAUCAGCGGCUCCAACUUCUUCCCAGAGUCCAAGGUCAUCUUCCUGGAGAAAGGCCCCGAUGGACGACCACAGUGGGAAGUCGAGGCAAAAAUAAUCCGUGAGAAAACUCAAGGAUCGUGCAUCGUGGUGGAGGUCCCUCCCUACCACAGUAAGUCUGUGGGCUCAGCUGUGCAGGUGCAGUUUUAUGUCUGCAAUGGCAAGCGGAAAAGGAGCCAAUCGCAACGCUUCACUUACCUGUCAGUCAUGGUGAAACAGGAACACAGAGAAGAGCUGGACCUUUCUGCAGUACCCCCUAUGCCCAUGCCCCUGGCACAUGCAGCCAGUCUGGUGCGCACCCAGCUGCCUUCUCCUGAGCAGUGCCACCCAUCGGACAACCUUCUGUCCAGCUCCCCUCACGGCCUGGCCACCGGCUCCGGACCUGGCCUGCUACCCCUGCAGGCCUCCUGCCCCUCCCUGGGCUCCCCGUCUUUCCAGCACCUGCCUCACCUCCAGGGCCGCAGCUUGCACCACACCCCUGCAGACUGCCACAUGACGUUCCACCCGAACUCUGCCCCAGCUCCUCUUUCUGCUUCUCCCCGGCCCUCCUACCAGCCUAUGCAGCACAGCCACAGUCAUAGUCAUAGCAUGUCCUUCAACGGCCAGUCCAGCCUUCCUCCUCAGGGCUACGAGAGGAUGCCCUUUCAUCACAACCCCAGUGCAGCAUCGCACCCAAUGAGCAUGGGAAUGGUGUUCUCUUCCUCCCCUUGCUCCUCACCAUCAGCUCCAUCCUCUUCAACCACAAACCCCAUUGCUGUGUCUCCUCAGAGCCAGCAACCCCUGCUCGCCCCCUCAUCCCCACACCUGCACACACUCGGAGGCUAUCACUGCUCCCCAAAUUCCACCCAGGUACCCUCUCCUGGUGGCCACUCCCUCGUGGGGCAGCACUCCUCCCAGCUGCAGAGAGCAAUGGGCUACCACCCGGUAGGUCAAAGGUCAGCCUCCUGUCCCACGCCAUCCAGCGCCCCUGCUCCAAGGAUGAUCCCUUCUCCUCAUUCUGGGCCUUCCUCCCCUCAGCUCCACUCACUGCCCUACCAGUCUCCCACCUCAUCCUCCCCCACCUCUGGUGGCAGUCCUCUGGGGCCUAUGCAACAGCAGCAUUCAGGUCAGCCUUCUCCCCAGGCUACAAGUCCAGCCAUGGCCAGCCUGUCUCCUGUGGCAGCAGGGCCUCUGGUUCACCCUCUAAGCCCACAGGGGCCCUUCCCAUCUGAUGGAGAGGGGCUGAACAUCAAAGAGGAGCCGGAGGAGAGGGAGCCCACCUUCCGCUCCAUCGGACUACAGGACAUCACGCUAGACGAUGUGAAUGAGAUCAUCGGCAGAGACAUGUCCCAGUCCCCAAGCACUCAUGGUCCUCCAUCAGCACACAACCAAUCAUAGCCCAGCCCAUGCAGAUGCAGCAUUUAGGUCAUGAAACGCCCCCUUCAGCUCCUGACCCUGCAACCCCACAGCUCCAACUCUGAGCCCGGAACCUGGUGCUUCUCCAGGUGCUGGUCCUGUGUGUGAUGGGACAAGAAGGCAGCACUCGACAAGGAAGACUGUAGUCAAAGAAACAAAUACGGACAGACCUGCGAGACCACCAGCCUGACAAGAAGACACUCUCAUUGUCUCCUCUGAUUUCAUUUCAAACUAUUUCCCUCAGUUAGAGAUACAGUUCUCAGUUCUAGAUACAGAAUCUUCACACAGAUUAAAGAGAAAGCUGAGCAGGAGAAUGUGUCAGCGAGGAUGAAAUGGUUGGAGAAUAAGAUGACCCGCCCUCUCAAAGCACCACUGUCUUCCUAACCAAUCAGCUCCCCAUGACUAUGGAGCACUGGCUGUUUGAAUAACUCUCUGUAGUGGAGACAAUACAAUAACGUGUGUUGUCAUCCCCUUUUCACCAGCAUCAUGAUUAAAGACGUAUUGAGACAUAAAGAGAAACUCAGGAGUGCACAGUGCUCUCACAGGAAGCCAGGGCUGGGAUACUAAACUUUCACUUCUCUAAAGUAAAAGAGGGAACUUUUCCCCCCCAAACACCAGGAUAGUAAAACUCUACGAAACAGUCUGGGUUACUUUGAGAGAGUAGAGUUGUGUUUUGGCAAGAUUUUUUUAUUGUGAUGCACAGGUUAAGAUUUAGUGCAUUAUCAUAUAUUGCAAUUAAAACAAGGUGAUAUAUUGCAAUUUUUAAAAAUUAAUUUUAGGAAAUGUUCAUAGUCUCAUAGAAGAACACUCGACUAUAUGCAUAAAAUCUAAUAAUUUAAUAAAAUUAAAUUUAGAUUUAUCACGGACCCUGUAGUAUCCAACAUUGGCCUGCUAUGAAUAUUUGCAUGUAAACAAUUAAUUAAAAAUCUAUACAUUGUUAUUGAAAGUUAAUAUGCUUUCACAAAACACAGUAAUGUUUUACACUUGGAAGGUGGAGAUAAAAAAAUUGAUUAUUAGCUGUAAAAUUGGAUGACCAGACUUUGUGAUACUUAAAAAAAAAACUAAAACAAACUGAAUUUGAACAUUUGGCUGAACUUGCCAGUCUUUCCCAGUUUUUGGCUCUUGGCUCAAUGAUGAUGUCACUGUCCGCUCCUUCUUUUUCUCCCUUUUAGAUGAUAAAACCAUUCAGGUCUGGAGUGCAGGGGCCUGGCAGGGAGGACCCGCUUUUGUGGUGCUGGUCUGGGAUCUGCAACCUGCAACAUUCCACAACUUUUAGUAACCUUGCAGCUUUGUAGAUAUCUGUAAUCCCCUCCUCUCUCUCUUCUGCAUUUUUGAUCUUCUUCAAGUUGAACAAAUGCCUUAUUAACACUUAGCAGCUUUGAAUGGUAGCUAAAGCUUUUUUGUUGUUGUUUUGCACAGCUGGCUUUGAGUGUGACUAUAAUUUUGUUUUGGAAGCAUGAUUUCAUGAAUCCUGAUGAGGGAUGAGUGGGUUUCAGGACUGAGUUGGUAAUUGUCAUUCAAAGAUAUUUGAAGAUGCCCGUUAUUUCCACGUUACAGAGAAGUGUUUUUAUAAAUCCUCUGAAAUUUCUUUUCAUGCAAUAACUCCCCACAUCUCCCAGGGGCCUUUGUGUGCCUUUGAAUUCCUAACAGCCACCAUACCUGUGAUGGUAUGACAUAUAAUGGGAUCUGAUAAAAGUUUUGAAAGUAUUUUAUACAUGUUUAUAUAUUGCAUUAAUGUAUUGUCCCCCUCUCUUCAAUGAACAAGGUAAAAAAAAAUCCCAAAGUCUAGAGAACAACAUCUGGAUGAACUUCCAAUGUUUGCUGUUCACAAUCAAACACUUGUUUCCAUAUUUAUGAAAGAUAUGCAGUGCCUGUAUGGCAGCAAUAACAACACAGCACAGAGGAAAACAGAGUGUAUUCAGGCAGGUUUCAGGCAUUGAUGUUUCCAUUGGCUUUUUUUUUUUUUGCCUUAAGCUCGACAAUGAUGCUCCUGCAUGUGAGAGCUGAGGAGUGUUGCUUAUGACAGUGUGAAGUCAGUUUCCAGGUGAAAAUGAUUCUGCUAUGCAUUACAAUUCUGCCUAAUGCCUUUAAAAAUGAGGAGAGAAAAAAACAAAAAAAAGACCUUGAUGCCUAUAGAAGUAGACUGUACACUUGUUGUAGAUGCUUGAUUGAUCCUGUUAGCAUCCUGGAGUUGUCCAUUAGCCAAUCUGCCUUGUCAAGGACGCAGUGCGAGCAUCUUGAUAAGUUCAGUUGUGUAGAUGUAUGCGUGUGUGUGUGUGUGUGUGUUUGGAUGGAUGGUUAGUGUUUGUACCAAAUAUGCUGUACAGAAGACAGGAAUUUUAAGAGUUCUACUUUCAACAACAGAAGCACACACUUGUAUUUAGGCUAUGCAAACUAUAACAGCAGCAAAUGUGAGAUAUGACAUUAAAAAUUGAGAUUAUAAACUAUUUGUCAUGUUGCUUAUGAACUUCACAGAGCGGAAAGAAAAAAAACAUUCAGAUAGUGAGAGUAUCAUGUCACUAUGUAAACUAUUAGGAUGCCUUAACUCUUGUUUGAAAACCAGUUUGUCAGUGUGUCUGUAUGCUGUUCUGGGUUUUUUUCUUUUUUCCAUGACUAAGACAUAAGUCGGUAACUAUUAUUAUUAUUUUUUUGUUUGUUUGUUUGUUUGGGGUUUUUUUGGGGGGGGGGUACAGGAUGGACAUUGAGUGUUGGGUGGGACGAAGAAGAACGCCUUUUUUUGCAUCUAAAGCUGGUUCUGCAGCUUGAAAGACUUGAUUCAACAAAAAAUGAAACAAAACCAGCAUUGACAGUAAACUCUGGCUGCCGUUCUCCUCAUCUGUCACAACCAAAGACCGAACAAUAUGUUCCCAUUUUACAUUAUGGAAAAGCAACAGAGACUGUACAACUCUAUUUUUGAUACUUUGAAAUGGAUGUCAUUCCUAAAAGGUUGGGGACAUGUAUGAGUGUCGGAUACAUAUAUAUAUAUGUAUAUGUAUAUAUAUGUAUGUGUGUAUAUAUAUAUAUAAUAUAUAUAUAUGUGUACAUAUGUAUAUAUAUACACAUACAUAUACAUAUACAUGUGUAUGUAUAUA